AUUUUUUGCCAAAUAUUCUGUGUUAUUUCGUUUUAGCGUUAAAGGAAAGCUCAUUAUCGAUGCCUGAUUAUGGAGGAACACAUGAAGUGAAGUACAUCUGAAGGAAAAUUUCUUUGCCAUAGCACCAAAUGUGACAACUCUUGUAGUGGCAUAUCUGAAAGCCUGUUGUCCACUAUAUGAUAUGUGAUGCCUACAGGUUCUAGAUACCAAAAAGCCCUUGCGCACUCUUUUUCUUUUUUUGCUAGUAUCUUUUUCAGAUACUCUUGACUUUGCUCACAUCCUAAGGAUUUCCCAUUAAAUAGAAAAAUAAUCGGAAUGUGGCCUUCAAAGCCAAGUCUUGUUGAACCCACCAAUAACGCACAAACUCUAUAUAAUUCUCCAUAUUGUGGAUCAUUUCCCCUAACCUCCAUCCUCUUCUGCCAUGGAUUUCAUUGUGACCAAGUCCUCCCAGUCCAUGGUUUGCCCAGCGAGCCCAACUCCGUCAUUAACCCUUGACCUGUCCACAAUUGAUCGUCUUCCAGGUCUGAAUGCCAAAGUCCGAACCUACCAUGUGUUUGGGUCCGGUUCUGGGUCUGGGUUGACACCUGCUAAGGCCAUAAGAGAGGCACUAUCGAAGGCAUUGGCGUAUUACUAUCCAUUAGCCGGUCGACUUGUCAGGUCUAGCGACGGCAAUCUCCAGAUUGAGUGUAAUGCUCAGGGUGCAUGGUUCAUCGAUGCAACUGCCAGUUGUAGGCUCGAAGACAUCAAUUACCUCAGCCAUCCUCUUGUGCCAAUGCAUGACCAGCUUCUUCCUGAUCCUCAACCUGAAAUUGGUCCCUCUGAUGUGCUUGUCCUAAUGCAAGUGACACAGUUUACAUGUGGAGGAUUUGUGAUUGGACUUGAGAGCUCUCACGCUGUCUUCGAUGGUCUUGGGUCUGCUCAGUUCUUGAACUGUGUCGCAGAGUUUUCUCGAGGGCUAAAAGCCCCCACGGUUGAGCCUGUCUGGUAUCGUGAAGCUAUUCCGAAACCACCAGGAGUUGCAUACGUCCCAUUUGAUGCUUCUCCUCCAUUCCUAAUGCCAAGCUACAAGCUAGAACAGGCCAUUAUUGAUGUCUCCCUGGACGAUAUCAGUUGCUUCAAAAGCCAAUUCUUCGAGCUCACGGGCGAAAGAUGCUCCGUGUUUGAUACUCUAGUUGCUAGAGUCUGGCAACGUAGAACACGGGCCAUAAAUUUGGAUCCAGAUGUGCAAGUCAAGCUCGUUUUCUUUGCCAAUGCACGACCGCUCGUGCAUCCGGCACUGCCUGUAGGUUUCUAUGGCAAUUGUUUCUUUCCUGUUACAGUUACAAUCACAAGUGAGAAGCUUGUAUCUGCUUCGAUUGUUGAGGUUGUCAAAUUGAUCAAAAAAGCAAAAGCAAAGCUGCCAGUGGAGUUUGCUCGGUGGGCAGCAGGAGAAGGCGAGGAUCCGUAUGUCCCUUCGCUGGGUUACACCACACUAUUUGUCUCGGAGUGGAGUCGACUGGGUUUCAAGGAGAUCGAUUAUGGAUGGGGAACGCCAAUACAGGUGGUGCCGUUGACGUACUCUGACUUGAUUCCAGUCUGCAUCUUGGGAUCACCCCCGGCGCCAAUGAAGGGAGCGAGGUUUAUUGCGCAGUGUGUGGAGGAAGAGCACCUGGAGGAAUUUAAAAAAUAUAUGAUGAAUCAUAAGUAGUUAACCUAUAGUAAUGGUGUUGAGGUUGUUCUUUGCAAAUAAGUUUGGAAAACAAUGAUUGUGAUGGUGUUGAUCUAUGAUUGCAAGCAUGAACUUAAUAGAAAAACAAUGGAAGUCUAAGCUUUGCAAGAUUGGAGGGGUCAUUCCUAUUGAAGUGUUAUUUUAUGGGUUGUUCCCUUUUGGCAUGGUCCAUUGAGGCACUUACUCCCCUUGUAAUGACAAUGCGUCACAUUAUAGUUAAGAAAUUA